UCCAUUCAACAAACUCAUUCGUGUUUGAGACGGAGUCGUGUUCAGUUCAUCAUCAUAUCGUGAGUUGUAGUGUUCAUUUCUCUAUCCAAGUUUUUUUUUCUGCUGUUGUUCUUCAUCAAAUUCAGCUUAUAACACUUUUUUUUGUUAUUUUAUAUAUUCCUUAUUAAAUACAAAAAGAGGGUGUAGUUUUUUAAUAACCACCAACCAACAAAUGAAAUAAAUAUUAAGUAAAAGAAGUGCAGUACAUUUUUUUCAAAGAUCACAAGUUGAACGAAAAUUUAUUAGUUUUGUUCUGUUGUUUUAAAAUUGAAAAUUGGGAUUUACCAGUGUACCACGGACAAUAGGAACAACAAUAAAUCAUCAUCAUCAUCAUCUUCCAUUUCCACUAACCAUCACCUCUUCCAGAAUUUGUAAUAGCUGUGACCGGCAAUCUUCUAGUGGAAACUUUUAAUUCUUAUUGAAAAGUAAUAAAUCAAGAGAACAGCGAGUGACACAUACAAAAAACAAAACAGGAAAAACAAAAAAUUAAAAAAAUAAACAAAGACAAUGAACGGCACUGGGUAUGAACUAAAUGGAUCCAAUGGCGAUAUUAUUGCACAAAACCAACAAAAAGGUUGGUGGACUAUUGGUCUGAUUAAUGGCCAGCACAAGUACAUGACAGCUGAGACAUUUGGCUUUAAAUUGAAUGCAAAUGGAGCUAGUCUUAAGAAGAAACAAUUAUGGACAUUGGAGCCCUCCAAUACUGGAGAAAGUAUUAUCUACCUUCGAUCUCAUCUCAAUAAAUAUCUCUCGGUGGAUACAUUUGGCAAUGUGCUUUGCGAGUCUGACGAACGCGAUGCUGGAAGUCGAUUUCAAAUUAGUAUAAGCGAGGAUAAUACCGGCAGAUGGGCACUGAAAAAUGAGUCGCGCGGCUACUUCUUAGGUGGCACCCCAGACAAGCUCGUGUGCACAGCAAAGACUCCGUCCAAUGGUGAAUUCUGGACAGUGCAUUUGGCGGCCAGACCUCAGGUGAAUCUCCGUUCGAUUGGAAGGAAACGGUUCGCACACUUGUCCGAGACACAAGAUGAGAUCCAUGUGGACGCAAACAUUCCAUGGGGUGAGGAUACUCUGUUCACCUUGGAGUUCCGUGCCGACGAGGGGGGUCGUUAUGCACUACACACAUGCAACAACAAGUAUUUGAAUGCCAACGGAAAACUCCAGGUGCAAUGCAACGAAGAUUGUUUAUUUAGUGCCGAGUACCAUGGAGGACAUUUGGCUCUUCGAGAUAGACAAAGUCAAUAUCUUUCACCAAUUGGUUCGAAGGCCGUAUUAAAGUCUCGCUCAUCGACUGUUACCCGCGAUGAAUUGUUCUCGUUGGAGGAUUCACUGCCACAGGCAUCAUUUAUUGCCGGAUUGAAUACACGUUAUGUUUCUGUGAAACAAGGUGUCGAUGUGACUGCUAAUCAGGAUGAAGUUGGUGAAAAUGAGACAUUCCAAUUGGAAUUUGAUUGGUCUGCACACCGUUGGGCAUUGCGCACAACACAAGAUCGAUACUGGUGUUUAUCGACUGGUGGUGGAAUUCAAGCUACCGGCAAUAGACGAUGUGCUGAUGCACUGUUUGAGUUGAUUUGGCAUGGUGAUGGAUCUCUUUCGUUUAGAGCAAAUAAUGGAAAGUUUUUGGCAACAAAACGUUCCGGGCAUUUAUUUGCAACCUCAGAGGCAAUUGAGGAAAUUACGAAAUUCUAUUUUUAUCUUAUUAACAGACCAAUUUUAGUACUUAAAUGCGAACAAGGUUUCGUAGGUUAUAGAACACCUGGCAACCUUAAAUUAGAAUGCAAUAAAGCCACAUACGAAACAAUUCUAGUGGAACGAGCACAAAAAGGUUUGGUACACCUCAAGGCACACAGUGGCAAAUAUUGGAGAAUUGAUGGUGAUGGUAUCUCUGUUGACUCUGACAUUCCUGUUGAUGGUUUCUAUUUGGAACUUAGAGAACCAACAAGAAUUUGUAUUCGAACAUUGGAUGGCAAAUAUCUUGGUGCUACCAAAAAUGGUGCAUUUAAAUUAGUUGAAGAUGGCACUGACUCAGCCACACAAUGGGAAUUUUAAAUAAACUCCAUAAUCAGCCAAUGCCCUUGUCCUUUGAAAGUCAUAUAUAAUUGAGAAGAAGAUGAAAAAAAAAAGAAAGAAAAAACUCCUUAAUUCGAAUAGGAAUUUGAAUUUUUCUUUAAAUAGUUAUUAAACACUAAAGGAUUUUCUUAUAAAAAAAAAUAUAAAUUAUAAUCAUUAAAAAUAUCAUUAAAUAAUUUCACGAGCAUUAAGCGGAUACCCUUGCAAUAUAUUUAAAAAACAAAAAAAUAAAAAUAAAAUAAUAAUUAAUAAUUUUAA